GCCCAUUAAAACAACAAUUGUAAUGUGACGGUUUUGUCGAGCCAUUUUUUAAAUGUACCUUUUACUGAAAGACCGACGAUAUUCCUACGCCGUUAUAUAGUUGUAUCAUUGCGCGUAUAGAAUACGCUUUUUUUUUUAUUGUGCGAUGCGUUUUAAAGAAGUAUUCUUUUAUACGCCGAUCGUCGGAGGGAAAAGUUCUCUUGGUUUGCAUAACUGUUGAAAAAAAAAAAAAAAGAAAAAAAAACAAUUGAGCAUCGAUAAUGAAAAAAGAAAUGAUGUUCAUUUUAACGUACAUUUGGAUUUGUUCAAUUUUUUUCGUCGAUUUCAUUCAUGGCUCAACUUUAACGGCACCACCUUUGUCAGUUUUGGUUAUUGGUUUUGAAAAUGGUUACGAUCUUUCCUUAAUCGCAAACACACUUUCGGAUCAGGGUAUCGACGUGACAUUGGUUAUACCUGAAAAUAUCGCUGACGAUCUUCAUGAGAAUCUUAUUGACGUUGAAGUUUAUCAUUUAAAGGAUCCUCACGAGAAGUCCAUUUAUCCGGAGGACAACGCAUUGAAAUUCUGUGAGAGUUUAUUCAACGAUCAAGAAUUGUCGCAAAAGGUACAAGAAUUUCGAGCGACGAUUACAUUGUUUUCUCCUUUGAGGCAUGAUGGAUGUUUAUUACCAUGGAUCAAAUCGAUCGAUUCUAUACCUGUUAUAUUAACUAGAAAUGCUUAUGAAGAAGUUUAUGCCUUUGAACGUACCGGUGUGGCUUUGCCAAUUUUAAAGGGUAGUUUUUGGCGUAGAAUAUUUAUGAAUUUUGCAUGGCAAUCGACAUCAUCUAAUAUUCAAAGGAAUUAUGUUACACCGGCUUUUCAUAUAGCUAAAAAAUAUUUAACGAAUUUAGAGAUAAGUCAAGAUAAUUUAUAUUCAGAUGUACGUUUAGUAUUAUGGGGUGCAGAUUCUAUUUUACGAAUGGAUUUUGCUUCUUUAACGCAAAUGUUAGUUGAGAUUGGAUGUCAUCAUUGUAGAGGAUCACAGCCUUUACCAGGAGAACUUCAAAAGUUACUCAUUCAAUAUAGACUUGGUUCUAUUGUUGUACUUUUGGAGGAAUAUUAUAAAUCAUUCAUAGAAGAGAUUGCUAAGAAAUUGUCACAGGGUAGACAGGGACAAGCAGUGGUAUGGAAAAUUCAAGAAUCAAUUUUUGACGAAGAGAAAAAACUUCCGGAAAAUCUUUAUCUCUGGCAAAACGUUGAUAGACAAGAUCUCAUAGGUAAUGGUCGAACGCGUUUAGUUUUGAGUCAUUGCACUGAUAUGGAAUUAUUAGAAAUUGCCUUUCAUGGUUCUCCUGUAAUAUGUUUUCCAAGGGAUAAACAGGAAUCUAAAAAUGCUGCACGUGCCAUCGAAUUAGGUUUCGCACAUUUAAUCGAUGAUAACGAUCGACGAUCUUUUACCAGUGAGGAUAUAACUAAUUUCAUCAAUACGAUUAAUACGUCAAUGGAUUAUCGUGAAAACGCUAGAAGAAUUUCUGUAGCUAUACGUGAUAGAUUAAAUCCAGCAUCGGAUAGAUUGGUUUAUUGGCUUCGUUAUGUCGCCAGAACGAAAGAUGAUCGGGAAAGAUUUCUCGUUGCAUCUUCGAACGUAAACACCCUUUACGAAGAUUUUCAAUUCUUUCUUGGUCUUUGCACGGGAAUUAUCGUAGGUAUUUUAUUGGCUGGCAUCAGUUUUUUAUUCCGAUAUAUGCUAAUGUCAGAAAAAAUGCGGAAAUCAAAGGGAAGAUAUCAACGUUAAUAUAUAUAUAUAUAUAUAUAUAUAUAUAUGUAUAUGUUUAUGUAUAUAUAUAUAUAUCUUUUUAAAGCAUCGUACAUACAUAUACAAAUGUUACGAACUAUAUGGUAUAUCUCAUUUCUAAUAGAGAGAGAGGCCUAAUCAUAUUUACGAGAAGUUAUUUAAUUAGUAAUUUUGGAAAAGCUAAUAAUAUAAUGUAAUAUAUAUUAUCAUAAGGAAAAAUAAAUUAUACAAAUUUCUCAAUA